UCAGGAAACGAUGUCCGCUCAAACUAGGACGGAUCGCGCCGGAUUAAGCGUUAAUCUGAGUCUACGGCGCAUGCGCAGAAACGCACACUAGCGGUCGCGUCGGACAAGGUGCGCGUUCAGAGGAGAAACUAACAGCUGCGAAUCACGAGAAAACAUCUGAGGAAACAUCUCGCUGCCGGUGGAGGACCAUUUUCACUUCAGCCUUGAGCGUAACGGAAGACGUUGUCUCAGUUUUGCGCAAUCAUUUGCGUGAUCUGCUCUCAAACACGCGUCGCGCGCGCAGAUUACGCUUGAUUUGAGACGCGUUUACUGUCAAUCUGAGCGUUAAAAGUCACUUGCUUUGGUUUAAGGCCCGUUCUCUGGAUUAGGACAGUAGCCAAAAGAGGUGCCCUACAACAAAAAUGGUCCAAAACACCCUUGAGUGCAAUAUCCCUCCUCACGCAUACUGAUCAGCCUCCAGAUAGAUGUUGUCAAGUGGUUUUGUAAAGGACAGAUUGAGCCAGAUGAAAACUGAUUUGAGAACUGACAUCGUUCUGAAAACUCAUCAAAAAAUCAUCAUCUCUUUUAUAUUAAGACUGUAGGAUCGACAUGAGUGAUCCAUGUUUGUUCUAAGCCUGGAUAUGCAAACACAUCAGAGCCAGACCCGAAGUCUGUGGGCCUGGUUUGGCGUAAACAGGAUCGCUCUGAUGUGGUCUGAAGUUAUAAAUCAUCUCCCAUGACCUACUGAGCCAUGCUUUGCAGCCUCCUGUGUUCCCAAUAUGGCAAAAUGUGAGCUUAUUGAACUGCAGGACUUGACUCCAGAUGACCGCAUCGAGUUAGCACCCCCUAGCGGCCCUCCGGCCCGCGAUGGGCCCACUCUAGAAAGGUGGAGCAAAGAGAAGGUGGUGCGGAUGGUGGGGGAGCGCGUGCGUCUGGAGGACCCCGACUGGCUGACGUGUAAACCGGGAUGGGGACAUGAAUUCCAGCCCUGCAGACAGACGCAGCUGAGCUGGUGCGACCUCUGCGGAGAGUUCAUCUGGGGCCUGUACCACCAGAGCCUCCGCUGCACACACUGUAAUUACACUUGUCACUACCGCUGUCAACCCUUCAUUCAACUGGACUGCAGCUUGAACUGCGACGCCGUCAGCAAACAGCUAAACUACUGCGAGGACACGAUCGAGACGGACACUAAUGUGGAUGAGCCAGUGGACUGCAGGAAACAGGAGCUGUCCCUCAGUGAAAUACAACAGAAAGUGAAAGAAUACAAUGCUCAGGUCAACAGUAACCUCUUCAUGGUUCUGAACCGUGAUGGAUCGUACACUGGCUUCAUAAAGGUCCAGUUCAAGCUGGCCCGGCCCGUGUCUCUCCCUCCUCCACGGAGCACGUCCUCCUCCUCGGGACGGGAUGGCGAUUGUCAGGAAGACAAAGCACUGAAGCACCACACCUCAUUCUACCUGCCCAGAGACACGGUCAAACACCUGCACAUCAGCUCCAGCACGCGGGCCAGAGAGGUCAUCGAAGCCCUGCUGAAGAAAUUCACUGUGGUGGACAAUCCGGCCAAGUUCUCACUGUUUGAACGCAGUGAACGACAGAAUCAAGUGUACUUAAGGAAGUUAGCAGAUGGCGAACAUCCGCUUUUCCUGCGCCUGUGUGCUGGACCCAACGAGCAAGUCCUCAGUUUAGUCCUUAAAGAGAAUGAAACGGGGGAAGUUAAUUGGGAUGCGUUCAGUUUUCCUGAACUCCAGAACUUCCUGCGCAUCCUGAAGCGGGAGGAGGAGGAUCACGUGCGGCAGAUCGUGCGGCGCUACACUCUGGCCAGAGACAAGAUGAAAGAAGCUCUGAAGAACUUCAGCACGCCGGGCUGAAACAAGCUGCUUCUUAUACCUCAGAAACAGUGAAAACAAGAAGGAAAAAUACUGUUUGAGUCUAAAGAGUGUGUGGAAGAACCCUUUGUCCUGCUCUGGACAUGAGACGGGUCAGAAGUGAAAGGGAAAUGAGAGUGAGAGACAGGAGUAGUGUGUGUUUAAGCGUGACUGGUGAGCGUGAGAGGAGUGUGACAUUAACUGACUGGAAGAAAUGCUGCAGUCGUAGCUGUAGAUCCAGAUGUGGAGUGACAUCAUUCCAGUGUGAGCCACAGAUUGUUGGUCUGUGGUGAAUGAAAUACAUCAAAGCAGAUUAUAGAGUAUUUUAGCAUCAUUUAUACAUGUAAUAGGGAAAAAAAGAUUCUUUUAAAUAACACCAUUUAGUGAUACAAUACUUGUCAGAUAUUGAAGCACCCAUGUAUAUAUUGGAUAUUCACUGUAAAUGAAAUGAAAUUAAAUACAAUAUUUCCCCUUUGA